AAAAAAAAAGGUCCAGUCCCAAUUGGGCUUAGGCCCGGAAUUACAAUCGUCCACAGUUACAAAACAGGAAAAAUCCGGUCACCGGAAAAAGAGAACCAGAGGUGGAUUUGGGCAGUGGAACGGAGGCAGCAAAUAGAUCUAUUAGUACCGUCGUAUACAAGGCCCACUACUUUGCAACACAACCACCGGAACGAGAUCAUUGGCCGAAGUAUACGAGUCCUGCCGCAAAUCUCUUACCAAUGAGCUGGCCGGACCUGCAACAAACCUAACGGAAAAAACCCAGUUUCCGACACUCCGCCACCCAAUUUGGUCGAGUCCCCAACCUCGCAAAACGACCACGCAUUUCCAAGCCUCUGACCUCCAAAACCUUAGAUCUGAAAAUUUUCCAAAAGCAAAGCAACCUUCAAUCCGGAUUGAUGGAGACAAAAAACGGAGGCUAAAGAAGGGUGAUGGCUCAGACAACCCUUCAGCAACCGGAACCCGCAACAGCCAUCUCAGAUCCAGUUUGUUAACCAUCAAACACGCACUGAAAACCCACCAAUCCACAGCGUCUUCCGCCACAGCUACAGCGUCUAACCAAGUGGUUGAACCAAGAAAGACUUCACCGAUCUCCACCGACGUCCAUAACCAGGAAGAAACGGAAGAGAAGCCUCUCAUCCACCGAGAAAGGGCCACCGCUGCCACGCUUACCGGAAAAACCACACCACUCCAAUGCCGGAGAAGAUAGCUUGCCUUACUCCUGCUUUGUCUUGCAAAUUCAUAACCUAAGAUGAAGAACAGAGGCAGAAAAAACUAGAUCUGUAAAAACUGGAAAAAACUUCAAAGAGAGAGAAAAUGAACAGUAGCGGAACGAUUGUCCAAAGUCCUCCAAACGAGAUAUCUUUAAAUGUUGUUUUGCUAAUUAGUGGCGUUUCGAGAGCUAGGCGAGCAACAAUGGCGAUGAGAUUUAAUAUGGUAAGUGUGUAGUUAAUUAACAAAAGUUCAAACCGGAUGCUAUUCUUACUUGUAAAGACAAACGACCAAUUAAGAAUCCAAAUUUUAAUAUAGGAAUUGAAAUAAACUAAUGGACCUUGUUUUUGGCGAUUCAUUUCUUUAUUUGUUAUCUUAAUAUGGGUCACGAUUCCUUUUGUUAUUUAAUUGUAUUAAGAUGUGCAUUAAGAUGUGGAAUAAUAGCACUUAUGCAAAUCUGUGCAUUGCAAAAAAAAGAAAGAAGAAGCAAGAUGGAGUCAAGUGAUCGUUCAAGUCAAGCAAAAGCUUUCGACGAGACAAAAACCGGCGUGAAAGGGCUUGUGGCUUCGGGAAUCAAAGAGAUUCCAGCCAUGUUCCAUACACCUCCGGAUACUCUAACAAGCCUGAAACAAACAGCACCACCUUCGCAGCAGCUGACGAUCCCCACGGUGGAUCUGAAAGGAGGAAGCAUGGAUUUGAUAUCGCGGCGGAGCGUGGUGGAGAAGAUUGGAGACGCUGCGGAGAGAUGGGGAUUCUUCCAGGUGGUGAAUCAUGGGAUCUCGGUGGAGGUGAUGGAGAGGAUGAAAGAAGGGAUUCGCAGGUUUCACGAGCAGGACCCGGAAGUGAAGAAACGGUUCUACUCUAGGGAUCACACUAGAGAUGUGCUUUACUACAGCAACAUCGAUCUCCACACUUGUAAUAAGGCUGCAAAUUGGAGAGAUACGCUCGCCUGUUACAUGGCCCCCGAUCCUCCCAAGUUACAGGACUUGCCCGCGGUUUGCGGGGAGAUUAUGAUGGAGUACUCAAAGCAACUAAUGACUUUAGGUGAAUUUCUCUUUGAGCUUCUAUCUGAGGCUUUGGGAUUAAACCCUAAUCACCUCAAGGACAUGGGCUGUGCCAAGUCUCAUAUCAUGUUUGGCCAAUACUAUCCACCUUGCCCUCAGCCUGACCUUACUUUAGGCAUAAGCAAGCACACCGAUUUCUCGUUUAUCACCAUUCUUCUUCAGGACAAUAUCGGAGGGCUUCAAGUUAUCCAUGACCAAUGCUGGGUUGAUGUUUCUCCUGUCCCUGGCGCCCUUGUCAUUAACAUCGGAGAUCUUCUCCAGCUUAUAAGCAAUGACAAAUUCAUUAGCGCGGAGCAUAGGGUGAUAGCAAAUGGAUCUUCUGAACCGCGGAUUUCAAUGCCAUGUUUCGUCAGCACGUUCAUGAAGCCGAAUCCACGAAUAUAUGGACCCAUCAAAGAACUUUUGUCAGAACAAAACCCUGCCAAGUAUAGAGACUUAACCAUCACCGAGUUUUCAAACACCUUCAGGUCCCAAACGAUCAGUCACCCUGCGUUACACCAUUUCAGGAUCUGAAGCAAUUAUAUUGGUGGCUCUGCUCGGUCUUCAUCUCAAAGUAACUUUCGUGAAACCAGCUUCUUUUUUCUUUCUCAAAAGGCAUAAGGAUAUUUGUAACAUUCAAAUAAGGUACACAAUGAAAACUACUACUACUUACUUACUUCAUCUUCCAGCCGUGAUGUAAUAAAAUUUGCGAGGAACUUUCUUGUUUUAAGUCCUCGUGUUACCAUUUUCAUCUACGAACUUUGGGGAUUAGAUUCCCCCUCUUUUGAACCUUGUUUUAUGUUGUAUCACGAAAAAAGCUUAUUGGCCUCAUUUAUCAUCAUCAUCCACCGAUGAUAUAUCGUUUAAUUAUAUGUUCAUC